GACAGAGACAGAGAGAAAGGUCUUCCUUUUGCCGUUGGUUCACCCUCCAAUGGCCGCCAUGGCCGGCGCAGCGCGCUGAACCGAUGGCAGGAGCCAGGUACUUAUCCUGGUCUCCCAUGGGGUGCAGGGCCCAAGUACCUGGGCCAUCCUCCACUGCACUCCCUUGCCACAGCAGAGAGCUGGUCUGGAAGAGGGGCAACCGAGACAGAAUCCAGCGCCCCGACCGGGACUAGAACCCCGUGUGCUGGUGCCGCAAGAUGGAGGAUUAGCCUAGUGAGCCGGGGCGCCGGCCUUUUUUUUUUUUUUUUUAAAGAAUCUCUAGAACAGACUGGACCAUCUCUAAGCUGCUGGUGUGACAGGCACUCGCUGUUGCACGCUGGCAUCGCUAGUGCGCAGCCCAUUUGGUUUCACUCACUUCGCCAGCAUCAGGGACUAGGGUACUCAGCGUGUUUGACAAAUAGAGCCACGCCAAACACAUUCACACAUCCCCAUAAACGAUAAGAGGUAGCUCAUGGUGCAGCAAAAAUAAAUUCUUUAAUUUGGCCCAGGUUUCACAUAACACCAGUUCAUAAGGCAGUUACGCCUCUAAAGGAUCAGUGCCCCUGCAAAUAGCACAUGGAGGACACAUCAUUUAAAGAAAUGUUUCUUUGCCCGAACAGAAGUUCAGAUCUGCUCAAUUGUCAUUCAUUUUGUUCUGUGUCCUUUAGGGGCUCAAACCGCGAAAUCAGGCCCAGUUCGGGUGCGCGAGCCUUGGCUGGCGGAGGGGGCGAGAGGCGCGCAGCAUAGGGUGGGCGAGGGGGCGACGGGGUGUGAACGUGGGAAUACCGUCCCUUUCUUCUGGGAACCAUGGUGACACAGGUGGAAAGCUCAGUGAUAAUGUUGCCGACCCGUAAAUAUCCUGUUGUGAGUCCCAAACCCCAAGAAUCGGUGUCCCAGGAACGGGGAAACAGAAUAUCCGACAAACUUCAGUCACCGCGUGGACACACGUGGAACCCCGCAACCUCGACCUCAGUGCGCACGCUUGUCUGGGCUGGGUGAGGGCUGGGGUGUGUGCCGGUGAGGUCCCAGUCCCGCAGGUUUAGCGUCGGGUCCUGGGGGAGCGCGAUGGGCGGGGGUGACAGGGGUAGGCCGCGGACCACGCGUGAACCAGAGAGCGCAGAGGCCCCGCAGCGCUCGCCGCGCCCGCCAUGAUUAGCUCCAUUCGCGACACCCGGGAGGGCGGACUCUCUCUUCACCCUCCUCUCCUCCUCCCUCUUCUCCCUCUUCCUUUUUAAGGGACGCCUCGCUGGCAGAGCUGUCAGCAGCUGGGAGGCCAUUUGCACUUGGCGGCGGCCAGUCUGACUCCCGCUCCUGUAACAGGCAAGGGCGGGGGCUGGGCAGCCGCACGUGGGGAACAAAUUCUGCCUCCUUCGGGCUCCUCUUGGGACCAGGCUACAGGCACACGUCGGGACGCAGUGUGGUCCUGGACUUGGCAGCCCUCGCCCUACGAGAUGGCUCCCGUGAGGAGUGGGGAGGGAGGUGGCCGGGGGGGAUCCGCGCGCCCCUCGUGCCCCUCGCGCCCCUCGCAUGGUGAGCCUGGCAAAGGGCGGCAGCAGCAGCCUCAGUGGCAGCCUCUGCCAGCACCUCCCAUGGUCCCUCGCCAACUCGCACCCGUGCACCAUGCAGACCCCCUGCCUGCGGAGUCCUCAGAGCAGCCCCUGUUGCCUCUCCGGCCACCGCUAGCCUCAGAGGGAGCGGUCAGCCGCCCGUGGCGUACCCCGAGGGAGGCGGAACUGUGGUGCCAGGAGUCAGUCCCAGCUCAGCCCUCGCUCUCCAGCUGCGUGCGUCCCCUUCCCCGCCGCCCAGGCAUCCAGAGGCGAUGGAGGCGCUGCUGGCUCUCUGCCUCCUGGGCUGGCUGCCCUGGGGACCUGCGGGUGCCCAGCAGUCUGACGAGUACUGCCGCGGCUGGUUGGCCGUGCAGGGCAACCACCACGAGGGCUUCCAAUGCCCGGACUUCGACACGUUGGACGCCACCAUUUGCUGAGGCUCCUGAGCGCUCCGCCGCUGCUGAGCCGAGGCCAACGCCAGGCUGGAGCAGGGCGGCUGCACGAAAGACUGCGGCGAGCUGGAGCACCCGGGCAUCACCACGCAUAAAUGCCAACCCCUCUACGUCCCCUUCCUCAUCGUUGGCUCCAUCUUCAUUGCAUUCAUUAUCCUGGGCUCUUUAGCAGCUAUUUAUUGUUGCACCUGUUUGAGACCCAAGGAGCCCUCACAGCAGCCAAUCCGCUUCUCACUCUGCAGCUAUCAGAUAGAGAUCCUGCCCAUGAUCUUGACCUCCACGAGCCUCAGGACACUUUCCAGACAGUCCAGCACAGCCACCAGCUCCAGCUCCACAGGUGACUCCAUCCUUAGCGUCUCCUUUGCCAGGAUGGAGCCAAACUGCCUGGUGCUCUCACCUCCCCCACCUUACACCACAGGCCACCCAAUCCACCUGACGCAGCCAUCUGGUUUCCUGGUGUCACCUCAAUAUUUCACUUACCGCCUUCAACAGGAGCCCCCACAGCCUGGGAAGAACUGUCCAGACUUCAGCUCCAGUUGACAGGUCAUGGCCAUGAAUCCAGCAUGUAGUAAAGUGACAGACAGGUGGAGUGAUGUUUCCAAUGUCAAGUGCUUUGCUGAGGGAAUUUCUCAUGUAAUUGACCAACGUCUUGGCAGAAAGUGGUAAGAAAACACAGCACUUUCUAGUCUUGAGGUUCCUGACUACAAUCACAGAAUGUCUGGCUUGGCAGAUGUUAUGACUAUUGCAUUUCAACCCAUGCUACUUCUAUUCAAAAUAUGCAACAGUUUGACUUUGAAGUCACAAAUUGACUGAAAAUGUUUUACUCGACAAUUUAGCUGUGCAGUGCUUGGAAAAGGGCUACAUGAUCUUUUUCACAUCAGUUGUUUAUGGAGUUAUUAUACAAAUAUACAUAAAUGAGUGAAGAAAAAUACCUAAUUGUGAUUAUCAAAGGAUCAGUUAAAAAUUAACUAUGAAGUAAACUUGAGAAAUCAAUGAAUAACCUAUUUAUAUCUUUUGGAGUAACCUAAUAAUAUUAGCAUGUUGGGAACAUUAACUUUCUAAAUUAAUAAGUAAAUUUUGUUUUAAAUAUUAUUUUCUUUCAAUAAUUCAAAGUUUCAAUAACCACAGGAGGAGCUUCAAGUUUUAUGCACUCUUAUAUAUUUGUUCAUUGCAACACAGUUUCUAUGUAAAGUCAUUUCCCCAACCCACCUGAGGGAAUAUUUAUUGCAGACUUUUUGGUCAGCAACAUUUAGUGUUUAAAUGAAAGUUGAACAGUUGGCUCUUAAAACAUUUAUUUAUAAAAUGAGUUAUCAUUAAAUAAAAGUCAAAAAAAUGAGUUAUGUAUAAAUGUAAAAAUUGAUAUUUUAAUAUAUUUACUACACUGAUAGUACUAAUUAUUUAGUACUCACACUGUAAUUUCUAUGUUAAUGAUAAUUGUGGCGUUCUAAGUCCAGCUAUUGGUGUAAUCAUCUAAUAUUACAUAUCUCAAGGGCCACUGAAUUUCAUGCCUGAUGAUUAUGUAUGUAUUUGGGCAAAUAUCCUGCUGGGUUAGAAUAAAUAAAAUAUGUUUUUAUGAACUCUAUUUGAAUUUCAGAUCAAAGCACUUCAUUUUAUCUCCUGAGAGAUAUUGUUUGUUAUUCAAUAAAAAGAAAUGUCUUUACCUCA